UUUUCUUCCUUUUUCGCUUCACGGUCUCUGCUCUUAAAUUUUCUUCCGGUUCUUUACUUUGAUUUGUUAUACACUAGUAGAAUUUUUCUUUAAUUUUCUAUUUUCUUAAUUUUUAAUAAGCGGUCGAAUUUUAGGGCUUAUCGUAGUUGGUCAGUAUUUCAGAUCUGAAAAUAUAAUCAGUUUCCAGAUCUAACGUUUGGAAAGUACAUCAUAAUGAGUCGUCCACAGGAUCCACACCGCCCUCUCUUUCCAUUUGGAAAUCCUUUCCGAAUGAUAUCAUCGAAGGGUUCUCGUUUACCUGAAAGGCUUCUUUCUCUAUUGAUUGCUUUUGAGGAAACCUUGGCAGAGAGGCUUAGGAAACUUAUUCCAAAGGACAAGAAUGAGGUCCUCCGUUUGUCAUGGAUGAAACUAGCGAUGGAUUCACUUAUUGAGACUCACAGUAGUGUAAAAAACCUUAUAACAGAGCUGGAGCUUCCUGUGAGUGACUGGGAUGAGAAAUGGGUAGAUGUGUACUUAGAUAUCAGUGUGAAUUUGCUUGAUCUUUGCAUAGCUUUUAGCUCUCAACUCACAAAGCUCAACCAUGGCCAUCUCCUACUUCAGUGUGUCCUGCAUAAUUUGGAUUCUUCCUCUCCAAAACAGUUUGUUCGUGCUUGUUCUUCACUUGAUAGCUGGAGACAGCAUAUCAGUGCAAAGAACCCUAGAGUUGAGAGCUGCCACUCAAUCUUGGAAAAUCUGGUGCAAUCUUUGGAUUUGCCAAAGGUUAAGAAGUCUGCCAAAGGGAAAGUGUUGAUGCGUGCCUUGUAUGGAGUUAAGGUGGUGACCGUAUAUAUCUGUAGUGUCUUUGCUGCAUCCUUGUCAGGGUCUGCAGACAAAUUGUUUGAGUUGAAUGUUUCUGACACAUUUCCUUGGGCACCAGCUUUUUGUGCUUUGCAGACUAAUGUUAAUGGGGAAGUUAGAAAUGUACUUGGUUGUGGACGAGUUAUAGUUUUGAGAGAAUUAGAAGCAGUUGAUACCAGCAUCAAGAAAUUGUAUCCAAUGAUCCAAGAUGGAUUGGAACCUGUUGAAGUUGAAGAGUUCAAAAAUUCUGUUAAAGAUUUAGGAAAGCAGGAAGAGAAAUUAUCAGAGGGGCUAGAUCUUCUUACAAAGGCAGUGGAUGGGUUUUUCAAGAUAGUUUUAACCGGGCGUGAUGCAUUGCUUUGUAAUUUAAGAGAAAAUGGCACUGCAUCAGUGGUAGGGAGUAACGUAGAACAGAUAGUUGGGAGGUGAUUGUCGAUAAAUGAACUAUGCUUUCAUUUUGUAUUGGUGGUAUAAAGGUAUUGUGUCUUUUGUUAUGUGUUUUUUAGAAAUAUACCAUCAAGUAAUAUGUUUUAACCAUGUUAUAUGUGUCAUACUACUAUUUUUCUGGUUUGUACAUAAACUUUAACUGUAUAAUACCAAUGUUGUAUAAAAGUGUUUGCACUUCAGUUUGCUCAAGUA